AUGGUCCUUGCGGAUCUUGGCCGUCAUUUUUUGGGAGGAAUUUGUCGAACUUUAUUAGAAGCUGAUGUUAAUAUACGCUUAGUUAAACCAUUACAUGAAAAUGUGAAACAACCAAUAGAUUUGGACGAAACUGCUUUGGGUUUCAAUAAACGUCAAUUAAUUGAAUCAGCUGUUGUUAAAGCACUUGUUCCACUCAUUGAUCCAGAAGCUCAAGGUGGUGGAGCUCUAAGCGCUGUUGCUGCAACCAAGAGUCCAAUUAUAUUUAUUGGUACAGGUGAACAUAUUGGUGAUCUUGAAGUAUUUAAAAUGGUAGCAUUUAUCAGUAAAUUAUUGGGUGACAUGAAAGAACUAUUUCCAUCAGGUAAGAAGAAGAAAACUAUUCUUCCAAGAAUUUUACAACAAAUGAAUGGUACAUCUGGUUUAUCGUCGUUAAUGAGACAAUUUCAGCAAGGUGGCGAACCUGGUAAACUGUUUGGUGGUGAUCAAUAA